AUGCAAUUAGGUGUCGCCACCUUACUCGAACCAGAGAUUGCCUACGAAUGCUUAAGCUCUGUGCCUAUCAUCCAAGAAGAUGCGGAAGCAUUGGUUGGUAGUCUUCGAGGCUAUCUCGAGAUGCAGAGCACUCUGGACUAUUUGGCUGCUCCCACCACUGGAUGGCUUUUCCCGCCUGUCGAUAUUAUCGAUAUGCUGGGGCAAAUUCGACAGAAGAUUGCGAACUAUGAAUACUCAAGCGAGUACGACCUGCAAGUUGAUCUGCAUACAAUGACACUGUUGGGGAAAGACGGCCAUCUCACGACCAAAGGUCCUAUGUUGACCGCGCUAACAUUCCACCGACUCCAACCUGCAAAUUACUUGGUCUCUCUGUCUAAAGAUGGAAUACAAGAUCCAUCGAUAUAUCUCUUACGGGACAGAUACUAUCCGGGAGACUUUUAUGAGCCAAGGCUACGAUCUGGCGAAGGGUUUUCGGCAAUCACAAAGAUCAACAACCUUGACGUUCAGGAAUACCUACAAGUGGAAUCAUUGACCGGCACAUCACAAGACCUAGACGCCUUAUAUAACGGCAUGAUGUAUCCCUACAUGCAAUUUGACGGCCCUGAAUUUUACCCCGGGCCUUACACCAACUUUACAUUUCAGAACGGCUCAACCAAAUCGUUCAAAAAUUACGCCAGCUGGGGGGACAAUAAUCUGACAGGAAUUGCCGAUGGAUACAGCAUGUACGAGCGAUUUCUUGAAAUUGCUAAUCUCUGGGAUGACUCCGGCUCGUCUGCCGCACGAGCAAGACGACAAGUGAAAAGGCAGACAUUUGCACCCGCUCAGGCCUCUGACGAUGCUGGUGCAAUCAUGGGGUAUUGGGACGAUGGCCUUCCAAGCGAAGUGGCCGUCGUCGUGAUCUCCAGUUUUGCCCCUGACGACUCCGGUGGUUCAGAUGUAAAUUCCCAGAAGAUCCUUCAUGAAAUCCUGACAACAGCAAAAGAGAAGGGCAAGGAAAAGCUUAUAAUCGACCUGCGGCAUAACCCGGGUGGGUCGGUUCAUUUAUGCCUAGAUACAAUGGUGCAGCUGUUCCCUGACACUCCUCCGGAUACCAAGUCCAGCCUGAGAGCCUCUGGGGCUCAGAAAGCCCUCGUUCACUACUACAGCGAACAAACCCGAAUUGCCGAAGAGAUAGAUCCUAACACGGGCCUAGACGAAGCAGAAAUCCUCGCCGAGGCCAACUACUCACCCUGGGCAUACCAGGCGGUCAUGUCGCCCGGAGCCAGGAACUUCGACAGUGUGGACCACUACUACGGCCCCUAUCGUGAGGGUCCGGGGUAUUUCACCUCUUACUUCCAGGAAAACUAUACAAACAACGAAUACUCUCUGAUCGACCAUUCAGACAUGAAUAUAACUCAAGUGAGACCAGGGGCAGAAUGGCCAUUCAGGCCAGAAAACAUGAUUAUCUUGACUGAUGGGAUUUGUGCAUCUUCAUGCUCGAUCUUUGUCGAAAACUUGAAAAACAAAUUCCGUGUCAUGAGCAUCGUCGUUGGCGGCCGGCCGCAAACUGGUCCUAUGCAAACAGUUGGCGGCGUGCGAGGCAGCAGACUCUUCCCAUAUGACCAUCUGGCGAAUCUGUCCAUUGCAUAUGCAGAUCAGACUACCGCCUACCCGGAAUUCGCGGACCCGGAAUUCGAGGACUGGGACUACGGACCAGCAGUGCGCUUCGGGGAGGGUCUUUCGGUGAACGGCUUCAACGCCUACCGCAUCGGAGAACCGCACAAUAUUCCGCUACAUUUCGCGUACGAGGCUGCUGAUUGCAGGAUCUGGUACACGCCCGAGAUGAUCGAGGACGACCGCGUGCUUUGGAACCGGGUGGCAGAGCUGGCCUUUACCAAACGGGCGGGAUACGUUAUUGAGUCGCCUUACUGCGUCGAGGGGAGCACCAAGCACCCGACCAGCAUAAGCGGCGGCGUCAGGCAGGGAGAUCUGGGCCCGCAGACGCCGCCUGAGAACGCCUUUCCACACUACACCGGAUGGAUCGUGAACGGCACGAAGAUCACGCAAGAGAAUCUGGGCCGUGCGCAUGGAGUUGGGCCCGGUGCGGACCAGAGCAGCGACGACAACACGCGCGUCGACCCCAUGGCCUUGGAAAAUUUCAAGGCCCUGUGUUCACAGUAUAUCACGGAAGAUCAAUGGUUUCUGAAACUCAUGUGCCUGAAUAUACAGUGA